GAGAAGCAUUCGGGCACCCUGGGCCCUCCUUUCGCAUCCAGCGUGCUAGACGUGCAGGGAGAGUGUGCCGGAGAGCUUUAGAUGGAAAAGAGAAAGGGGACGGAAAGGAACGUGCUGGCCAUGCCAGCAGAAGUACAGUUGUACCUCGAGGACCGCGACAAUUUGUCGUCACCACCAUCCUCGAACCGAUUACAGAAGCAGCACACCGCCGCUUCCAUUCGUGCAGUAAAGCAACAGGCUGCCCAAAAGCCAGUCGUCGACAUGCCAUCCCCACCACCAGCACCACCAGCACCACCAGCGCCGGCGCCGACACGAGCAGCUACGUCCGCCGCCGUCCUCCACGACGACUCGGACGGGAGCCGCAUCGAGCACCUCGUCCUGCAGCAGGACGAGCUCGAGGUGGCCAUCCGACGGCGGAACACAGCCUCCUCGUCCAAGGAUACGAUUGCUGGGCCCUUCUUUGCGCGCAGCGAGAACGACGUUCUCGCCCUCAAGCGCACCCUGUUGGAGAGCGAGCGAGAACGGCGGAGAAGCAAAGGUCGCAGCAGCAGCAGCAAUAGCAAUGGAAUCAGCAGCAAUAAAAAACGGGAUAAGGGCUUCCUGCAGAAGCGAGGGCAGCAUGCAAUCGAAGAGGUAUUAAAAGCACAGCAACGCGAGCAGUUACUCGGCCCGUACUUCCGCGAUAGCGGCCACGAGGGCAUGAUGCUCGAACGCCAGACGGCGCAAGAGAACGAAUGCUUCGUAGGUAAUGACGUCCUCAGCUGUUACCCAACGUCAGAUACCACGGUCGUACAGGGAUCCUGGAGCAAGUUCAUCUGGAACAACAACUACCCUCGCUUCCGACAGAUUGGCGCAGUCGACGUCUACCUGUACCGGCAAGACACAGAUAAAAUGCAGACGUCCUGGCUCUCGCUGGACAACAACCUCGGCCGCCUGUCCUUCUCGCCGAACGACCCAUGGUGGGCGGACCGGCCGCGCGCGCAGGAGUUGUCGAUGGGCCAGAAUAUGAGCUGGCCCUUCUACUUUGUUAUCACCGCCGCUGGGCUUGGCCUCGACUCGGACACGAUCAGCCGCUUGUCGACGUUCAGCGCGAUUCAGACGGCGCCCCCGGCAUCCGUCGUCGCUGCACAGGCCGCGUCCUCUUCGCUUUCCGCUGCGGCGUCGCUCUCGUCCGCGUCCGCCGCCCUUUCCGACAGCCGCGCCGUCGCGUCCGCGUCCGCGUCGAUCGUCUCUCAGCUUAGCCUAUCGAUUGAGUCGAGCCUCCGCUCAGAAGGCCUCAGCGGCACGCAGACCGCUGCCGCCGUGCUCACCACGACGCUCCCCAACGGUGCUGUCGUCACAGCCUCCGCGACCGCCGCCGCGAACGGCUUGAGCCUUAGCGGCAACUCCAGAGGCAGCAGCGACAAUCUAGCGCUGCCCAGCUACGCCAUCGCGCUCAUCGUCGUCUUUGGCUUUAUCGCUCUCGUCGGCGCGCUUGUCGGCGCCUACUUCCUCUCCAAGGCCGCGCGCAAGCGCAGGGAGCGUGUGCAUAGCGGUAGCUACGGCAGCAGCAGCCCGAUGAUGCACGCCGUCGACGGCUCCCUCACACGUGGGUCGGAUGACGCUGCUCUCGCUGCCACUGCCGCGGGCGACGCCGCAGUCGCCGGUGCUGGAGUAGCAGGACUCGGAGCAGCGGGCGGCGCGGCAGGCUGGUCGCGGUCCUCCCGCUCCAGCCACGACUCGCACCCGUUCUCCUCGGACGAAGCGACACGCAUGGCCGAUGCCUUCCGCAACGCUCUCCGCAAGCCUGAGUUUACUGGCGCUGUGUUUGGCAGCGGCCAGAACAGCCCGAACGAGACGGAUUUCGACGCUGACGGUGGGAUCGGCGCUGGUGCCAGUGAUGCGGGCACAGGCCUCGGCGCGGAUGCCUCCGGCGCUGAGGAGGCGGUCGCAACGGGCCUGCUGCGCGACGAACUCGCCAGCGAAGGCAAGGAUCUCAAGGCUGUCGAGCGAGGGCGGCCUAAGGUCCACACUGACGCCGGGCUGUAAGGAGGAGACAGUCAAUUUCUCCACCGAUCCGACCGACUCUCAGCAUCUGCGCCUCCAGGAUCGCCUUCAUCUUGGUCUUGGUAUUCACCUUCCGUUCUCAUUCUUGCAUCACUUGGACAAUGUGGGUAUCACCGCCUCUUCAUCAAAUCGGUCCAUUCAUUCAACCAUACUCGGCAGGUGGUGUCUUCUCUCCUCCAUUUAACAUAAUAGAUUAUUCAUGGCGACAAGAACGUACACGUCUCACCUCGCGUGCGAUUGUGCCUGCAUGGAGGCAAAUAAAGACGCAUGUCGCCAAACAGACCCCGCCAUCUGCCUUCCUUUAGCUACAC